CUUCAGUCUCAACAUGGCUCGGUCUCUAGGACAUAAUCAAUGAAUUAACAUUGAAUACCGAUAUGUGUCGUCUGCAGAAGGCAAGGGAAUGCCCAGGGACUCUCGUCAAAGAGGUGGUAGUUCGAGUAUAGCUAGGCUAAGCCAACUUUGCCAAUAAUGGCUUCGGAUCUGGAGCUUUCUUCCACCUUUAUUCCAUCACUAUACAAACCAGCAGCAUUGCUUCCAAUUGCGCGACAUAGACAAAGUUUGCUCUAUCUUGUUGAAACUUAUCCCGUUACCAUAGUCGUUGGGCAGACUGGAAGCGGAAAAACAACACAGCUACCGCAAUAUCUUGACCAGGCAGGGUGGUGUGCAGAUGGGAAGACUAUAGCAGUGACGCAGCCGCGUCGCGUGGCUGCUACGACUAUCGCCGCCAGGGUAGCGGAGGAGAUGCGCUGUAAGGUUGGGGAAGAUGUGGGCUAUUCGAUUCGCUUUGAGGAUCUAACCUCAUCCGCAACAAGAAUCAAGUUCCUAACCGAUGGAAUGUUGCUUAGAGAGGCCCUUGUCGACCCUCUCCUAUCCCGGUAUUCGGUGAUCAUGGUCGACGAGGCCCAUGAGCGAUCGCUCAGCACGGAUGUCCUUUUGGGAAUCCUGAAGAAAAUUAUGAAGAAGCGUCCCGAGCUUCGGAUAAUUAUCAGCAGUGCGACGUUGCAGGCAGAAGACUUCCUUCGUUUCUUCGCUGGCGACGAGUUCAAUAGCGAACCAGACUCUGGAGAGAUGGGUGGAAAGAUCGGAAGGAUUAUUAGCCUGCAAGGCAGAAUGUAUCCUGUCGAUAUGCUUUUCCUGGACUCGCCAGCAGAAAAUUACGUUGAGCGAGCCGUCAAGACUGUUUUUGACAUACAUAUGCAAGAGGCGGAGGGUGACAUUUUAGUAUUCCUGGCUGGGCGAGAAGAAAUCGAUACGACAGUUCGGUUGAUAUCAGAGCGUGCAGAAGCACCGAAUCUACGAGCUCAAUCAUUACUCCCACUUCCUCUGUACGCUGGGCUCCCGACGGAGCAGCAGCUGUAUGUCUUCGAACCGGCCCCAGAGAACACACGAAAGGUCAUCGUGUCGACCAACAUAGCAGAGGCAUCUGUUACUAUCGAUGGGAUUGUCUACGUAGUGGACAGCGGCUUCGCCAAACUCAGAGCAUACAACCCAAACACUGGCAUUGAAACAUUAACUGCGGUUCCCAUCUCAAAGGCAGCAGCCACCCAACGUGCAGGGCGAGCCGGAAGAACUAAGCCAGGGAAGUGUUUCCAUCUUUACACCCAACAAGAGUAUGAACAACUGGCCGAGGUCACCGUGCCAGAGAUCCAACGGUCGAAUCUUGCGCCAAUGAUCAUGCAGCUCAAGGCGCUUGGAAUAGACAAUAUAGUACGGUUUGAUUUCCUGACACCUCCGCCUGCGGAGCUGGUAAUCCGCGGACUCGAGCUCCUGUACUCACUAGGAGCGGUGGACGAUUAUGCCAAGCUCACCAAGCCGCUGGGGGUACGAAUGGCGGAACUCGCAACUGAUCCCAUGAUGAGCAAGGUUCUCCUCACGGCACAAUCAUUCGGUUGCCUAAGCGAGAUUCUAACGAUUGCGGCCAUGGUCAGUCUCCAGGGAUUGGUAUGGGUUCAGCACGAGGGAGACAAGAUGGCAGCGGAAAGCAGUCGCAGGAAGUUUGCGGUUGAAGAGGGUGACCAUCUGACGUACCUCAACGUAUACCAAGCAUUCGUCACCAAGGGAAAGAAGGACUCCAGAUGGUGUCGAGAAAACCGGUUGAAUUACCGAUCCCUACUACGGGCCGUGAGCAUCCGAGCGCAGCUCAAGCGCUAUCUUGAACGCUUCGGUAUUCGGGUUGACGAAACGCUGUCAUCAAAUCAGCGACAUGCGGAUCUGAGCAGGCAGCCUGAACGGAUCCAAAGAUGUCUUGCGACGGGAUAUUUUGCUCAUGCGGCAAAGAUGCAGCCGGAUGGGACGUUCAAAACGGUCAGCGGGGGGCUUACUCUACAUGCGCAUCCCAGUUCAUUGAUGUUUAAUCGGAAAGCAGAUUGGGUCAUCUUCCACGAGAUACUACAGACGGGAGAGAAGAUAUAUAUUCGGGAUAUCACGAAGAUCGAGAAAGGGUAUCUGUUGGAGUAUGCACCUGAGUAUUACAGUGUUAAAUAAGAUUUCCCUUUGAUAAAAGGGACAAAGUAGUCGCACAGCAAUAUAAGCAUUUCCAAUCCCAAUCCUGGUAUGCCUGUUCAAAAA